AUGCCGAAGUGUCGAGGCAUCCUCUUACGAUCCAGCCAACCCACCAACAGCUCUUCCAGCAAUCCGCGUUGGUACCAAAGUUACCGUUGCCAUCUCCUUCGACGAAAUGGGGCGACAAAAGGCAUCGCCGAAGACCUUCUUGUUGACAUCCCCAAUGUCACCACAGUUCAAUCUUCUCAGUCUCAACCCAAGCUAAAGCCAAAGCCAAAAAGACUGAAAAAAGCCCAACCUAAGGCGACGGUAACUCAGAUUGACUCUGAGAACACCUUGUCAAUCUCCAAAAAAGCUGAGGCGAAAAAAAAUGCCUUUGUCGCCAAAAAAAGGCCUGCCAAGGCUGCCCCCUUUGAAUCAACCCGAUCAAAGAAGCCGAGGUCAAAGUUUGUUGCAACCUCGGGGUCUCUCAAGUCCGAUGCCCCUUGGGCCCUCCAAUUACCAUUGAGGACAAGCCAGUCAGAGUCGGCGACAGCAAUCCAGCAUGCCCACUCCUUCGCGAUGCAGGCCUUCGAAAUUAAGAAUGAGUUGACCUGCAAGAUGAAGGAGGCUGCUGGAGCUGCUGAAGCCAUUGCUAAGGUCUUUGAGGCUGAGAAAAAAGAGGCCGAGGACAAAACUGCCGAAGCCCAAGCUGAGCUCGUCGUUGCUUUAGCUACAAAGGCCACCGAGAUAAAAGCGGCAGAUGAGAAAGCGCACACCGAGGGGGCAGCCGACGUCAAAGAAGACUACAAGAAGCAAGUAAAACAGGCAUGCAACAAGGGUUUCACCCUUGGUUGGAUGACUGCUUUAAAAGAGUUGGCUGUCCCUAAGGACUUGCCUCUUCGAGAAAAUAGCCGCAUCGUCCUGCCAUUCCUCCAAAAUCCGAGCCAAUCCGAGGACGAGGCUGAGCCCGAGGAGGAAGCUGAGGCCGAUAAGUCUGAAAAGGCUGUGGAUGCUGGGGCCAAGUCCCCAACUCUGAAUGAGCAAGUCAUGAACUUGACUCAGGAAGAGGAGGACGAGGCCUCAAAAGAUGCCUCCCCAAAGAAGUCGACGCCCGAGGUGCCAAUCGCCGAGAAAAGUCUCGAUCAAACUCUACAAAAGAUCGAUGAUGAGCUCGAGGCUGAGAAGGUUGCCGAGAAGUGUUCCCAGCUGUCUUCUAGGGCCAAGACACAGUUCUUCGCCGACUUCGAGUAG